UUGUUCUCGUAUUGGCUUGACGUGAAGCGGAUAUGCGCGUGCGCAACCGGAAAUACAAGCACGUGGUUUUUACGACGCCUAUUGUCAAAGAUGUGAUGUUAUAUUGUUUUAUGUGUUGGUGCGUUUGAUGUGUUUCUGUGUACAUAAAUUAUUUAUCUGAAAUGAUCCACGAACUGAAUACACGACCGGUGCAGCUGAGCACUCUGUCACUCAUAUGGUUUGGCAGCUCAUAAGUCAAAAAUGGACAAGACAGUCCUGCGUUCGGUCUUCGUAUUUUGUCUCAUCCUGGCAGUAGAAGCUGAUUUCACAUCGAACUGCCCAAAAGAGUGCAAAUGUGUUUGGGCGAGUGGUAACAAAAGAGCUAACUGUUCUCGAGCUGGUCUACAAAACAUUCCAAAAACUUUGAGCUCCGACAUCCAGAAUCUUGACUUAGAAUACAAUCCUCUCUACGAAAUAUCGAGUAACGCAUUCGAUGAUGUUCAAUUGAUCAAUUUAAAGAAGCUUCAAUUGAGUUAUUGCAAAUUAGAAACAAUCCAUAGAAAUGGUUUCAGUGGUCUCGCAAUCAUGAUUGAAUUAGAUCUAUCGAAAAAUUUUCUAAAAACUUUACACCCUGAUACGUUUAGAGAAACUACUAAAAUUAGAUGGAUAAUAUUAAAAGAUAAUCAAUUAGAAAAACUAGAAGACGGUCUUUUUAGUAAUCUGGAGUUUUUACAGAAAGUCGAACUAAGUAACAACCAUAUAGUACAAAUCGGAAUCAAAACAUUCUUUAAUGUUCCGAAACUAAACACAUUAGAAUUGGACGGUAAUAAACUUGAAUAUGUUAAGGUUGAUGCACUAAAUUCACUGACAUUAUCCAAUUUAAAUGUUCAUGACAAUCCUUGGCGGUGUGACUGUUAUCUUCAACCUUUUAGAAAUUGGGUCAUUAGCAAGCAUCUAUACACUUCGCCUAUAAUUUGUCAAGAACCGUUAAAAGUCCAAGGAAAAACAUGGAAGGAGUUAGAUACGGGUGACUUUGCUUGUCGACCAACUAUUGUUUACCCUUCAAAUAGUACGACCGUCAGAUCAUCAGACAAUAAUAUCACGCUAGCGUGCCAAGUAAAUGGAAAUCCACUGCCAGAAGUUAACUGGGUGCUGAAUGAUCAAAUUAUUGACAGUUCUCGUAGGUAUCAAGGUGAAUUAAAAUAUAAUAUAGCAUCAAGUAGUAACGACAAUAGCAAAUGGGUAAAUCUAACAGUAUUAGAUGCUGGUAGUACAGAUAGCGGUGAGUAUUUAUGCGUGGCCAAAAAUCAAGGAGGUAUGGAGGAGAGAAACGUAAUUCUUGUGGUAACACAUAUAAAUCAUGACGUCAUAUCUCCAACAGGAAUGGACAAUGAUAUGCUCCCACUUUUAAUAGGUACAGUUGCUACAGCCGCUAUAUUAUUGAUAGUUAUUAUUGUAUUAUGCUACUUCUGCUGUCGGCGGCGAAUGUCGGAGAAGAAAAAAGCGAACGUGUCUAACGGGGAAGCUUUGAUAGAGGGAUCAGUUAUUCCAGAAAUGGAGAAAAGUUUAAACACUGCCGUAAAUCCAGUUAUCAAGCCCCCGAGGAGAUAUGAUGCACCGCCUUCCAUCACCAGUGGCACGGAGUUGUUAGAAUUAAAUAAAACACUGCUGGACAAUGAUUUUAUAUAUGGAGCACACAAUGACGACGACAAACGAUCACUAGAAUUCGAACUUGCAACGAAAAGAUCACACGGCGGUCUUGACGUAGAGUAUGAACGAGCGGACGGACGGGCCUAUCCUCCAGAUCUUCUGUCUUUCCCACCGAGAGCAGCCCAGAUUUCUCCAGCAGCGAGCAAUGCAUCGACAGUGCCCGACACCACAAGAUUACCUGCACAAAUAAAUCCAGUUAGUCCAAUGCAUUCACCGAUUUACGGCGUGAUGGCCAACCCAAAUGUUUAUAAAACUUUGCCAUAUUCUCGGUCACAAUCACCCUUCAUAGCUCCUUUAACUCCAUCUGUUGUUACGCCAAGACAGGGAUAUGUCACAAUUCCAAGGAGGCCUAGAGUGCCUAGUUGGUCGAGUACGGCAAGUACUCAAAUUAUGCCAAGUGCUGAGGCUCAAGAACCCUUAUAUGAUAAUUUAGGGUUAAGAACAACUGCAGACGGUAGUUCAGUUUUAUCUCUGAACAAAACAGGAUUAGAAGCCCAGUUCUCACCAAUGAGAAAUCGUCCAUUGCCAGCUACUCCAAUAGUUUACCAACCACCGCAUCCGGCUUAUUGUACUCCUAUUGAAGAACAAGAGCCAUCGUCUUCUCCUGUUCCUGCUCACUAUGGAACAAAUAUGAGAAGUAGUAUCUCGUCACAAUUAUCAUCGCAACUUUCUACACCGGGCCCACAAGAACCAAUGAGUCCAAGGAUAAGUUGGAGUGCGAAAAACACCUCUACUCCUCAACCAGAUUCCAAGAAAACACUGUUUGCCUACCCUGAUAGAAAGAGCAUAGAUAGUCAAUCGCAGGCAUCUGAUAUUAGUACGUUGAGUCGGAAGAGUAACAAACCAGAGACAGGAUCCCUGAGAAGAAAUCCGAAAAUUGAGAAAGAAGAGUUAAGAUCACCGUCUAAAGAUGACACGCGAAAAAACGAAAAUAUUGUGUCUCAAAACCAGUCGGAAACACUUGGCAGAAGUGGAAAAAUUCCACCAAGACCUCCCCCAAAGCCCAAAAAAAAACUUAGCACAGAAGUGAAUCCCAAUGAAACACUUUUAGAAGAUGAGGGUGAAGACGGCACGGAGGUGUAGCAACCGGGUGACUAAGUGAAUAAAAUCUACCAAAGUGCCAAGAGGUGAAGUGAUCAAAGUGACACAAGUGAUAAAAUUGAGUAUAAACCAAUCGUAAAAACGAUUAUUUUUUCGCGGUGCUCGUGUAAAUAUCGUUCGUGCUAGGUUUUUUACCUUUGCGUACAAUUAAAACAUUAUGGACCAUUUUAAAAGUAUUUAAGUGUUUAUUGUAAUAAAUAUUGACGUUCAGGACACCAAGGUAUCUUAAUCAAUGGUUUAGUUUUAUUUUUUAAGUAUUUAUUCUUCGUAAUAACUAUUGGUUAAGAGGGAACGUUAGUUGAGCUAUUUUUGUUGCUAGUUCGAGCGGCAUAAUUUUCAUCCACUUCCAAGACUGAUUAUUCUAAAUUAACAGUUUUCUCGUCUGACAUUCCCUUGUUUACAUUAUUCCAAUUAUCAAUAGAUUUGCUAGAAUGAUUUCACUAACAGUAGAAUAUAUUUGGAAGACUGAUUGUGAUUGUUAGUCGCUUUUAUCUAUUGAUAAUGUCAAUAGCUACAUUAUAGCGUUUGUUAUGGGUUUUGUAGGAAAUAUUUUAAACGUUAAUAUCCAUACAUAUUGCAUGUAAUUUCAGCGAAUGCAGGACAUCAGCUUAGACAGAUUCAUUGAUUAGAUGGUGCAUUAUGUUUUUUAAAUAAUUUAAACGGUUAAUGGAAGAGUUUCUGAAAUAUCUCUAUAUGAUUGUACAAUUUAAUAUGUAUGGCUAUUAAUUUAGGUGCGUAUUACUUGAUUAGAAUGUUCAAAAAGAUAUAAUUGUCUGUACCUAUCAUAUAACAAAUUUAAAACUACACAAUGUAUUUAUUUACAAUACAUAAAUUUAUAUGAAAAUUGUUUCAUGCGAGAGUAUUGGAGUAAUAUAAAGAAAUGUUGAAAAUUUCUCCGCUGUAGACAACAGAUUGAAAUAUACGAGGUUUUUAGAUAUGUUAGUUUUAAUACAUUACUGUUUUCAUGUAAUUGUUAGGUCUCUUUCGUAAUAUCUCAACGAAAAUAUUUUGACUUCGCCUAAUCUAAGUUAAUAUCAUUUUAGUUUUAUAUAACGAGGCUGUUUGUAAGCACAUUCUCAAGUUCACUGACGUGAAAAGCAUUUUGCAAUUCUAUAUUUUAAUGUAUGGUUCCUAGCGCUUUUUUGUAUUUUUAUUACUGUAUGUUAUCAUAUUAAAUAAGUUUUUGGUUUCCAUUUUAGAACGUUGGUGCUUAUUUUAUUGUUCAUAUAUACGAUGCUACUAAAUUACCUGCAUUCCCUUCUACAGGUGGUAUUACUGGAUGUAUACCAACAUUGAGAUAAUGAUGGAAUUUCGUGUCACUAAUGUAUUUUUUUGUACAAUAAAUAUCUUAGUGUAAAUUGGUUUUUAAAUAUAGAUGUAGAACUUCCUUGCUAUAUGAAUAAAGACCUAAUUAUAUGCAAUGAAAAAAAUUACGACAUAUUUUUUUUAUAAUUUUAUAUAUACAAGUACAAAAUCGAGAAAUUCCUUCAAUAAUACUUGUAUAAAAUUAUCGUGUUACAGUGUUUAUAAAGAAACUCAUCAGAAACGGCUAGACCAAUUCUUAUGAAAUUUUGUUUGUAUAUUUCACUAGGUCCAAAAAUGGAACGUAAACUAUUUUUCACACCUAUAAGUGAUAAGGGGGGUCGAUUAUUAAUAUACUUAAACUGAUUUCAAAGCAAAUAAUUUUAUGGUAAAUAAAGGUAAUUUUUUUUACCUCUCUCGGCGUUACGUUUCUCCAGUCAGCUCGUGAAAACGGCUAGUGCAACCUAGACAAAACGUCGAGAGAGGUAAAUAUCUUUAUUUACUAGAAAAUUAUUCUUGUUAAAAUCCUUUUAACUGUAUUAAUAAUGUGUACUAAACAGGAAAGGGUGGCCCAAUCCACUCUUUUGAAAUUUUUUCUGUAAUAAUGUUUUUUUAUGUUUGUCAUUAAAAAAUUACAACUGUAGUAGAGAAUGGGGAUAAGUACUUUAGUAGCUCAUAUUGAUAUGUUUACACUUCAUACUGCCACUAUACGAAGUACAUAUACGAAGUAAUUAAUUACACUCGUUUAUUUUUAAUGUUUUAGACGUUUUUUUAUUGUCCUGUCACGUGCUAUUUUAUCGAGCUUUAGGUUUACACAAGUUUAUUGUACAAUUCACUGUUUUUUACAUUAAUUGUAAACAUCCAGUUUUUUUAUAGUGUUAAGUGCUGUAAAUACGAAUAUUAUUAAAACUGAUUAAAGCUAUA